AAUAAAAAGCUGGGGUUGGAUAUUUUGUUCUAUCAUCAUCAUCUUCAACUAUCUUCUUUCUUUCUUUGCUGGCUUAAGUGAGCUCACACAAACUUUCUGUGACCGUGAGAUUUUCCAUUUUUCAUGCUUUUAAUUCUGCUCAUCAAACAACACAUGCUUUGAGUUUCGGGUACAAGGUUCUCUGAGGGGCCAACUAUGUCGACAUUUCUUCUUCUCCCAUCACCUUCUUGUGCUUCUUUACUGAGCAAGGAGAGUGCCACAGUUUCCAAUCUUGCUUCAAUUCACUCACACAAACCCCUUGUAAAGGGCUUCAGAGUUAGAGCUCUUAGAGAGAAAACAGAGGAAAUCAAAAGCCCUUCUUCUCAGACAUCAUCUUCAGCUGAGGAAGUUACAAAGAAGUAUGGCCUUGAAGCUGGUCUAUGGAAGAUUUUCAGCUCAAAGGAGGAAGAAAAUGGUAAUUCUGGAGAGAAAUCGAAGGGUGAUCAAGCCAAGGAGCUGCUAGCAAAAUAUGGAGGAGCAUACCUAGCCACCUCCAUUACUCUAUCAUUGAUCUCUUUCACUCUUUGUUAUGCAUUAAUCAAUGCUGGAGUUGAUGUCCAAUCUUUACUGCAGAAGGUAGGGAUCUCACCUAAUGAGGCUGGAGAAAAGGUUGGCACCUUUGCUUUGGCAUAUGCUGCGCAUAAAGCUGCAUCUCCAAUUAGGUUUCCUCCCACAGUAGCCCUGACCCCUAUUGUCGCCAAUUGGAUCGGAAAGAAAGUUGAAAAAGAAAAGUAGCUUGUAGUGGUAUUUGAAUACCAAACAGUGCUUCAUUGCUUUACAUAAUAUGUUCAUUUCUAUUGCCACAUGAACCUUUUAAUUUGCACACUUACAGGCAUGUACAUCCCUGGUAUUGGCAAUGAUAGUUAUGAUUAUGGUUGAUGAUAAUUGAUAAACAAUCAUUUGAGCAAAAA